GGCAGGUCCGGGGCCAUGCGGAAAGGCGGCGGCGGGGGCCCCGCGGGCGGCGGGGGGCGGGCGCGGCGGCGGAGCGGGGAGCGCGGUGCGCCCGAGCCUCUGCAGGCCCGGCCCCCGCUCCGACGCCGGCUGCUCCGGCCGCCGCUGCCGCUGCUGCUGGUGGCCCUGGCCGUGAGCACCGGGCUCUACGUGGCUUGGGCGCCGGGGGGAGGGGCAGGAGAAGGGUCCGGAGCGGGGGGAAAGGGAGGCGUCGCGGAAAGAGCAGCAGCGGCCCGGAGGAGGAGCGGCGGCGGCGGCGGCGGCCCCAAGCUGCAGGCCCAGUCCCGGCCAGCCCGAAGCCUGCCUGAAGUCCACCUUAGGGCCCUGUUAGAACAAGUGGACCCCCAACGGCUCUGGGCCAAGUACCUUCAGCCCCUCCUGGUUGAAAGGACACCAGGCAGUCCUGGGAAUUUGAAGGUCCGACAGUUCCUGGAGGAUGAGCUCCGGGCUCUAGGUGCUGGCUGGCACGUGGAGCUGGACGCCUUCUCAGCCCCGACACCACUAGGGCCUGUGGCCUUCGCCAAUGUGAUUGCCACACUGUCCCCAGAAGCCCCCCGCCGCUUGACCCUGGCUUGCCACUUGGACUCCAAGCUCUUCCCCUCAGGUGCACCCCCGUUCCUGGGUGCCACAGACUCUGCUGUGCCCUGUGCUCUGCUUCUUGAGCUUGCUCGUGCCCUUGACCGGCAGCUUGGCCAUUCCAAGAACAAGGGUGCUCCUGUGACCCUUCAGCUCCUUUUCCUUGAUGGGGAGGAGGCCUUGAAGGAAUGGGGGCCAGAGGACUCUCUGUAUGGGGCCCGCCACUUGGCCCAGCGCAUGGAGCAGACCCCCCAUGGCUCUGGCACCUCAGAGAUUCAGGCGAUUGAAUUGUUUGUCCUCCUGGACCUGCUGGGAGCCCCCGACCCCAUCAUUAAGAGUCACUUCUCCAACACAGCCCCCUGGUUCAAGCGACUGAGCUCGAUAGAGAAGCGGCUCCACCGGCUGGGGCUUCUGGCUUCCCAUCCUCGGGAGGUGACGUAUUUCCAGCAAGGCCCUCCCUACGGAGCCGUGGAUGACGAUCACGUCCCAUUCCUGCGAAGAGGCGUUCCCGUUCUGCACCUCAUCCCCACCCCCUUCCCCGCCGUCUGGCACACACCCGCUGACACUGAAGCCAAUCUGCAUCCGCCCACAGUGCACAACCUCAUCCGCAUCCUUGCCAUCUUCGUGACUGAGUACUUGGGUCUCCUCUAGCCACUGGACAACCCCAGAACAAGGCCAGUUCUGGGCUCCCGCACUCGCGGGGCCCCAGAGCACACGGACUGUCCCUUCCAGAGAGUGGGGGGCAGGAACAGCCAGACUGUGACCCUCAGGGACUGAUUACUCAAACGUGCUACUGUGAGAAAAAUC